AUGGAAGGCGAUGGAUCAUGGAGGGCAGCUUCCUCAUUAGAGGAGGAGUGUACGGUACUUGAUGACUCAGUCGAUACCCCGAAGGACGGUGAUGAUACGGAGCCUGAUUAUACUCCAGCUAAGCACCCUUCAGAGCCUGCCCUUUCACCAGACUACAUACCGGCUGGGCUAGAGCUUCUCAGCUCUGAGUACGAUCCCAACGAGGACGAGGAGGACACCACCACCUCAUCAGAGACCUCACCACCCUCCCCACUCCUACACAUCAGUUUUACAAGAUACCUACAGGUACUCGGGUGA